CGCAGGAUCUCGUCAGUGCGGCCGCGACCCGAGUGAGAGGCACACCGCGCGGAAGUCGCUCCUCCGCCGAUCCCUCGCAGCUCCGUCGCUUCUCGAACUUCAAUUUUUUUUUUCUCUUUUUGGGGCUUUUUAUUCGUUUGUUUGUUGGCGUGUUUGAUUUGGCCUCGAUGUCUGGGGCCGAUUACGGUCUUCGUUUGAUGGGGUAUAUGUUUUUUUAAGGAUUUACGGUGGAAGCAAUGAUGUUUGGAAAGAGUUUGUGGAAAUAGAACUUUGGAAACUGUACUCAGCUGUGACGCGUUAAUUUUCUUUCCUUUUUCCUUUUUAUUUAAAUUACUUUGACUUUAUUAAUUUGUUCCAACAAUGCGAAGUAUGUGAUGUGUAUGAAAAAAAAUCAAAUGAAAAAAAACUUUUACCAAAUGUACUCUUAUUAUGACUAUUAGAAACUCCAUUUAUGAAAUACACUAAAAACAUAAAGAAAAGUUACAACGAAGCAAAAUCGUCGACGAACUGAUCGUGAAACAUGUCACAAACACAGACUGAGGAAAACCACACCACGAGUGCAACAUCACCAACCAUGGCUUCAGAGAGGGACAAGAACUAACUCUUCUAAAAAACCGAAAAACGAGCCAAACAAAGCGAGAUUCCACUCCAUUCUCCCCCAAAUAAGGCAAUGCACGACCAAAGGGACCAGUCGGACCACGUGCCGCACGCCCGCCGCCGCACAGGUGGUCCAUCCGCGCGUGCUUUCGCCACACGUGUUGUAGGAGCACGUGCACCGCCGCCAAGGGAUCUGAACCGGAUGUGCUUGCUUGCCGUGGUUCUUGGCCUCGUCUUGGUCUUCCCCGUCGAAGAAGUGCGUGGCGUGGGGAGAGCUACCCAGGGGCCGGUGUUCUCCCAAGAGCCCCCCAGGCAAGUGCAUUUCACCAACUCAACUGGCGUGACUGUCAACUGUGUGGCGGAUGGCACGCCGAUGCCCACUGUCACGUGGACGACCCAGGACGGCCGGCCGGUCGAGGAGGUCAUGGGUCUGAGGGAGGUUCUCACGAAUGGUUCUCUCGUGUUCCCUCCUUUCCCUGCCCAGCGGUACGACACCCAGCUGCAUGCCUCGACGUACAUCUGCCGUGCCACUUCUGCAGGAGGUACCAUCCUAGCUCGGCCCUCGCAGAUAAGAGCAGUGGUGGUUGGAGAUUACGAAGUCCAGGUGUACGACCAGCUGGUGAUGUCUGGCAACACUGCCGUACUCAGGUGUGCCGUACCUUCAUACGUGCGAGAGUACGUCACGGUGACGUCAUGGGUCCAUGAUGAUACUUUCAACAUCUAUCCUUCGCUGCACGGCGUAUUUGAUAUUGAGAUUUUAAUAGAGUUUGGUAUGUUUGAGAUGUAG